AAGAUCGAUCUGGAAAGAGUGAGAGAGAGAGAGAGAGAGAGGGAGAGGGAAGUUAAAGAAGAAAAGUGAAAGACGAGGAUCUCACCUGAAGAAGGGUCAUCGCCGAGCUUUUGAAGGAAUUCCCGGCGAGAUCGGAACAAUGCUGACAGAGAUGGCAGUUGUCAUACGUUAGGAUCGCGGCAAGAUAGGCAAACGCUCGAUCGGUACGAGGGAAUUCUAUAUGCGAGCACUGAAGCAACAGCAACAACGACAGAAACAGCAAGACGAACCUCCACUCCAUCUUCAGCCACGCCCGUUUGGGGUGAUAGGAUCGUGGUACAUGUUUCGUGGGGAACAACAAGCCUGACCGUAACUUAACAUCGCUUAACCACAGCUCCAGCUGUAGCAGCGAUUGCUACAGCGACAGCAUGCGAUCGUCUGUUUUGGAUAAUCCCUUAGUGUCGUUUGAGAAUACCAUUUACCAAGACUUGAGCCCUGCACCGAGCACUAGCACAGAAAAUAGCCCGCAGUCCAAAGAAUCUGAGUCGCAGCUGAACGCUAUGGUGGAGAAUUAUGACCCAGGCGAGGGGCCUUCUACUGGCAACUUGCAAGACAAAUGUUCGAUUUGCGACUUUACCACAAACAAUAGGGACGAGAUCGUCCAGCAUUUGACCGAACACGUCGUGUCCCGGAACAACACCAGCUCGGACAUCAUCAACAUGGCGUUGGCGCAGUUGAAGCACCUCCACGAUUCGGAGAACCGCGACUUGUCGUCGAGGGACAACGACAGCCAUGAGACCAAUAGCUGCAUCGAUGAGCCGGGGGUGCGGGUGCCCCGCGUAAAUUCGCAGGGCAAAAUGAAGACCUUCCCGUGCAAGAACUGCGACUUCAAGGCGGUGACGAAGCUUGAGUAUUGGGGCCACAUACGGAUCCAUAUCAAGCCGGGCAAGCUGAUGAGCUGCUACAAAUGCCCGUUCGUCACGGAGUACAAGCAUCACUUGGAGUACCAUUUGCUGAACCACACCGGCGCAAAGCCGUACAAGUGCCCCACGUGCUCGUACACAUGUGUGAACAAGUCGAUGUUGAACAGCCACAUGAAGUCGCACUCGAGCAUCUACCAAUACAGGUGCAAAGACUGCGAGUACGCCACGAAAUAUUGUCAUACGUUGAAACAGCACCUGCGCAAGUAUCGUCAUCAGCCGGCGGCGGUGUUAAACGCGGAUGGCACGCUGAGCCCAGUAGUGAUCGACGUAUACGGUACGAGGCGAGGACCUAAGCAGAGGCCGAAGAACAACAACAACAACAACAACAACAACAACAACAACAGCAACACUAUCGACAACAACAAGUUAUCGACGUCGACGGCAACGAUGACGGCGAUGGAAGAACCGAGCGGUGGCGCAAGCACCGUCACGCAGACGGUGGUCAACAACGGAGAGAACAGCAGCAGCAGCAGCAGCAAUAGCAGCAAUAGCAGCAACAGCAACAGCAAUCAUGCCCAGCAGUCAUCGCAGGCUUUACCGUUGACGUCAACGCAGGCGUUGCCGUCGACGUCGACGGAUUCUACGUCCGUGUCCACGCCGUUCACAUUCGGCAUAUUUGCAGAUAUGUUCAACUCACGCAGGAAGGAUUCCAACUUGACGGCCCAGAAGGACCAUCAGGCUGAGCAGGAGACGGUUAUUUAUCCGUACCAAUAUCACCACCAUUUCUUCAAUACGUUGAACAUAGCGACACAGCAACUGCUACCGAACGGCUUCGUCCUCGGUGAUACGACGCAGACGACGUCGACGGCGGCGCCAAAUGACGAAGUGGAACAGCAGGACACCGGAGACACGGCAGAGCAGACCGUCGCGAGGACUCCAGCAACGAGCGUCGCGGCGGCCGAGUUUUUCGAAGCCUCCACAGCCGAGCAGCUCAACAAAUCCGGUAAUGUGCCGUUGGACUUGACCUCAAGCUCGCUGAGGAACGAAGCCACCGGUAGCAACAACCAGCAAUUGCAAUGUCAGCAAGCGCCGCUGAACCUGGCGAGCUCGCCGAGAGUGGCCGGCACCAGAAGGCGCAAGGGCGUCGCAGUAAAGCUGGAGUAUCGAGUGGUGGAGAAGGAGGAGGACACGGACGAAGAGCAGAUACAGAACGAGAAGAAACUCUGCCAGUCGACCUCACCCACGGCCGCGUCAGCUCCGUCGACCUCGUUCCCGGCCGCGUCGGCUCCGUCGACUUCGCCCAUGGCCGCGUCAACCCCGUCGACCUCGUUCAUGGCCGCUUCAGGUCCGUCGACUACGCUCACAAUCGCGUCGACUCAGCAGAUCUCGUCUGUUCCGGAAUGCGACGCUUCAGGUGCUGCGGAACCGAGCCAAAGGUGCGAGGACGCACUAACGCACAGCGAACCGUCCGCCGAACAUGAUCGUUAUGUGUGCUUGUAUUGCGAUAUACCGUAUCCCGAUCGAAAGAUAUACAUCGCACAUAUGCGCUAUCAUGAUGACACGGAGCCCUUCACGUGCGUUAUGUGCGGUAAGUCUUACGGCAACAGGGCAAAGUUCAACUUGCACAUCUACGAGAAGAAAUGUGUCAACCACCGACAGUGCUGAGGUGCUCGCAUCUGUGUGUUGUACACCUGAAGGCUGUGAGAGGACAAGUGGGAAUGUAUGUAUGUGUGUAUGUGUGUACAGGAAAGAAUGAGAAAGCGAUGGAGAAUGAGAGAAAGAGAGAGAGAGAGAGAGAGAGAGG